UUUACUGCGUUUGUUUUUGUUUACCGUUAGGAUUAAGAACUAGGAAGUGUCGUUGACCUUUUUUACAACUUCUAAAUUUUAGUUUUAAUUUUGGAAUGAAUUGCUUGUGAUUAUAUUAAUAUGGAUAUCGAUACAAAAGUGAAGUCAGGUCAUAAUACUUCUGUGAAAAAUGGAAAGAAAAAACUUAAACAGAAUCAUAACUUAACCUCAAACGAUACUAACAUUGGGGAACUGAGUAUUACCAACACAAAUAACAAGCAAGUUACAUUGGCCAGUAUCGAUGAGAAAGAUGAAAAUACUAAAUACAAAAAGGUUCCUGCCAUCAAAAGUGAUGAACAAAUCAAUCCUUCUGAAAAAGUUAGAGCAUCACAAUCAAAGCAGCAACGAUUUCAGAUAAAUAUCGAAUUGGAUGUGAUUGCAUCCACUCUGUUCAUUGCUGCUGUUGCGACAAGAUUCUACAAACUUGAACAACCUAGAAAUAUUGUAUUUGACGAGCUUCACUACGGCAAAUACAUCAGCCACUACAUGAAAAGGACAUUCUACUUUGACUCGCAGCCCCCUUUUGGAAAACAGUUGAUUGCAGCUGUAGCUAACCUGGCAGGCUUUGAUGGUUACUUCAAGUUUGAGCGUAUUGGUAGCGAGUACGCAGCUACAGUGCCAGUGUUUGCUCUGCGGCUGAUACCAGCUCUCUGCGGCUCACUGCUGAUUCCUGCUGCGUAUUGCUGCGUACUCGAGCUGGGCUGCUCGCAAGGCACUGCGGCACUGGCUGCGUUCUUACUGCUGGCUGACAACGCUUUGCUGACACAGUCUCGCUUCGUCCUGAUGGAGGCCCCAUUGCUGCUUCUGUCUGUGGUUGGUUUGCUGAGUUUGCUGAGGUUCCGUCGUCUUUCCGUAGCUCCAUCGUGUCAACCAAUCACCUCCUGGUUGUGGCUUUCUCUCGCUUUCGCUUCUCUCACUCUGUGCCUCUGUGUGAAGUACGUCGGAUUCUACUCGUGGUGUCUGGGCGUUGCUCUACUCACCCGAGACUACUGGAGAGUGCUGUCAGACCGCACGGUGAGUGACGCGGGCGCACUGUGGCAUGCCGUGGCACGCGCUGGGAUAGUCCUGGCAGUCAGCAGCGCAGUGUACUUAGCUGUCUUCUACACUCACUUGUCUGUUCUCAGCAAGGCGGGGCCUCAUGACAGUGUCAUGACGAGUGCGUUCCAAGCGAAUCUUGAGGGAGGACUAGCCAGUAUAACACGAGGCCAGCCAUUGCAGGUGGGUCAUGGGUCGCAGGUCACACUGAGACACACACACGGACGACCCUGCUGGCUACACUCGCACUCACAUGUGUACCCGAUUCGCUACCCAGACGGCCGUGGCUCAUCUCAUCAGCAACAGGUCACCUGUUAUACAUUCAAGGAUGUAAACAACUGGUGGAUAGUGAAGCGGCCGAAUGUCGACAACUUGGUCGUGUCUCAACCUGUGGAUGUGGUUAGGCACGGAGACAUCAUACAGCUGGUCCAUGGCAUCACCAGUAGAGCGCUCAACACUCACGACGUCGCGGCUCCCGUAUCCCCACAGAAUCAGGAGGUGACUUGCUAUAUUGACUACAAUGUGUCGAUGCCAGCCCAGAAUUUGUGGAAGGUGGACAUAGUGAACAGAGAACAAGAGGGUGAUGUGUGGCAUACAAUUCAAUCUCAGGUGAGGCUUAUCCAUGUCAACACAAGUCAGGCGUUGAAGUUUAGCGGCCGACAACUUCCUGACUGGGGCUUCAACCAGCACGAGGUUGUCGCAGACCGAGUCAUCAACCAGGAGGACACUGUGUGGAACGUGGAGGAACAUCGAUAUACCAAGAGCGAGGAUGAGAAGGAGCGAGAAAGAGAUCUGGUGAACGCCGAGAUGAUUCCGCUACAAGUGACCAAGUUGUCUUUCUGGAGCAAGCUGAGCGAGCUGCAAUACAAGAUGCUCAUGUCCAACCAGGAGAGAGUACAGAACCACAUGUACAGCAGUGAACCCCUAGAGUGGCCUCUCAUGGCUAGAGGCAUAGCUUACUGGGUCAACACAGAAAAUAAUGGUCAAGUUCACCUGCUUGGCAACCUGGUGGUCUGGUACAGUGGUACAGCAGGAGUGGUUGUCUACUCAGUGUUGCUUGUGAUUUACUUGUUACGACGACGUAGACAAUGCUACGAUCCAUCACAAGAGGAGUGGAGCCGCUUCCUGCUUACAGGCGAAGUGUUACUUUGCGGUUAUCUAUUUCACUACGUUCCCUUCUUCUUUGUCGAUCGCACCAUGUUCCUUCACCAUUACUUACCUGCCCUGGUCUUCAAGAUACUUUUGUUUGCCGCUCUUACGGAACACAUUUGUGUUGUUAUCUGGAGGUGGCCAAUAGCAAGGGUUGUAUUUUACGCUGCCCUUGUCUGUUUCAUCUUGUCAGUGCUCCACGUCUUUCGCAAGUUUUGUGUUCUCAGUUACGGUACAACACCACUCUCUGUCAACGACAUUCUGAAACUGAGGUGGAAAGACACUUGGGAUUUUAUUGUCCAUGUGUAGGUUUACGGAUCAAUUUAGAUAUUAAUGAGCAAACCCCAGCGAACAAAUUGUUUAUGUUAUGGUUAAAGGAAUGUAAGUAUCUUUUUUAUAUUGUAAAGACUGCAAUUCAAUGCAUGACAUUUUUUAUGUUUUAGUUUUAUAUAUUUUCUACAACUAAAUUUCCCUACAGGAAAAACUAUUUAUAAUUUUUUAUAUACUGUUAUACUCAUGAGAAAGUCUUUGUCCUUGUACCUCAUAAUUUAUUUAUAUUAGUACUUAUGUGGAUAAUGUUUUUCCUCUCGUAUUGUUUUACUUAUGCGUUAACUUUUUGUGUAUAGCCAUGUCAAUCUGUUAGUGUUCCCUUAUUUGAUUGAUAUAUUUAUCAUCCCCUAGGCUAAAGCAUUAAUGGGAAUCGUAGAACAAAUAUUAUUUUAUUGACUUGUAAAAAAAAAAUAUUUAUGUAGGUAUUUAUUGAAGCAAACCGAAUACAUUUUUUAUUAAUAGAAUCUAAACUAUUCCAUACAAUUAAUGUUACUCAGUUGACACAUCUCAUUGGUUGAAAACAAAUUGUGCCUUUCAAAACAAAAAACCAUUUUUAUUGUUUCUACUAGAGCACGAUUCAUCCCAAAUUUUUGUUACUAUAUUGGGCUAGGUUCACCCUUAAAAUAUUACUCCCACAUUUUGUUUUAUCCUGCUUCAAAUCAAAUCUUAGAUAAAAACAAAUGUUUUCCUUACAAACUCUCUACCUCUACUGUAAAAUUCUUGAGAAAAAUUUAUGUUUCUUGCAAGGUUCUCAAUGAAGUCUGUAAAUCAAUCAAUUCAAGGUUAUUUUAUAUGUAAUGAUCUUUAGUUGUAGUGCAACCCUCAAAUGGUUUUCAUUUUGCAAUUGCAGACCCCUGUUGUUCAAUCAACAAAAUAUAGUGAAUCAAUAGUUUCGUGAACAAAUUAUAAUGUUAGAUAAGUUAAAACAAAUUAUCCAAAUAUCAAUUGGUAAAUUGGUUGUUUCCCUGUAAGUUUUCUACACCUGUAAAUUUAAGUUAAGGAAUUUAAAUAUCUAAAAUGUAGGAAACGUACUUUAUAAAUUUGUUAUCUUUAAAGGCUAGUAACAUAGACUAACCAACACAAGUAGACUUCCCAUCCCAUUGUAAAUUUUGAAACUCGUUUUUUGUGUCUAUUUCUUGUCCGGUGACACUGGUGGUUAGUGUCGAUGAAAUUUUGUUUCUAUUAUUUUAGAGUUAGUUUCAUGAUUUGUGCUUAUAACUAGAGGAUGAGUUAUUGUUAAUAAUUAUAUAUCGUUUUAUUUGGUUAAACGAUAGUGCACUGGACAGAACUAACGAUAAAAUUGGCUUCAGCUGUUGCAUACGGAUGGGAAAUCUACUAAGGGAGUAUGUUUUAUCUAUGCUAGUACCGUACCUUUGUUUCCUAUUGAUGCUGUUUUACUUUUAUUAAAUUAAGCAGACCUACAACACCAACUCAAGUAUAAAAUGUUAUCCUCUUCCCAAAGUCCCACAAACCUUUUAUUUUAACGUCAUAGCAGAUGUAGUACACAGUUACUUAAUUUUGUAUUAAUAAUUUCUAUAAAAUUGAGUUAUACAAUAGCAACAACCCUAAAUGAUUCAAGAACAUCGAAAAUCAUUUAUUUUUGUUAUUUUUUGUUCUUUCUUGGUAAGAUAUUUAUUUAUUCUUAUAUUAAUGUAUAUAUUAUUUAUGUGAAAUAUAAGGAAGAGCAUACAAAAAUAAAUUAUUUUCAGACUAAUCAGUAAACACUAAACAGCUUACUAUCUGGAUUUCAGUGAUGAUAAUUUAUACUUUUUCUCAGUCUUUAUGAUUUAGUUAGUUUAAGUUGGUAAACAAUGGUGAAGAAAUGGUUGUGUCUUAUUCAAACCACAAAACAUUAAGAAAUUUGACAAUUAUUAUCAGCAAUUUAUACAUAAAUAUUUGUUAUCAAAAGAUCUAAGAGUUGGAUGGAUUCAUCCAGUUUACAAUUUCUUUUAAUUUAAUUAACCUACAUACUUGUUACAUACUUGUUUUUAAACAUUAAAUAAAUUUG